GGAGCCCUCGACGAGCUAAUUGAGCUGGCUACCGAUUCCAUCCUUUCGUGACAUCUGCAGCUGCAGUACCUCAGAGAAGACUUUCGCACCCUGCAGUCCUCGGAAACCGCUUCUUCCCAACGACGUCCAAGUGCACGGCGCCAGGAGCUGACGUUCCCCCACCACCGCGAGCUGUCCAACCGGACACGCUCUACACGACCACACCACUAUACCACCUCGUCCCGGCCUGCGUCUACCUGCCUGACAGCGCGAGCCUCACUUUCGCUAUUCUUACGCCAGUCACGACGUUACGACUCUCUGUUUCCACGUAUUGUUGCUUGCUUGCGUUGUUAGCGAGAAUCCGGUUUUCUGUCGUUACCUCGUCCGUCAGCCUGGUGUGUUUAACGACUUACGCACCUACUUUACGACUGUUUCUGGAGGAAUUGGCCACUGAGCGGGAAACGGAACAUUAUUGCGAUCAUGUCGAACCAACUCUCGGACCCGGGGUCGAGCGUCUACGACUCGGCCACGAUGCAUGUGGGAGAUGGCACAUGGGAUUCGCAGCGCAACACUUUUCUGCUGCCCAACUUGCAGGCCCCGAACUUUGAGACGAUGCGAUUGAACGGCAUGGGCAAUCGCUUUCGCAGCAUGGCCAGCUACAAGGCUCUCAUCACCGCCCACGGCGUGUUGGCAGUCAUUGCCUUCCUAUUCGUAAUACCGGCAGCUGUCUUCAUGGCUCGCUUCUACCACCGCAACCCACGAACCGCCUUGCGAGUCCACAUCUGGUUGCAGGUAGCAGCAGUCCUUCUUUCGACGGCUGCCAUCGUCUGCAGCUUCCAAGCUGUUGGCCUCGAGAGGUCUCUGACCAACCCUCACCACGGCAUCGGCGUUGCGCUAUAUACCCUUGUCAUGGUCCAAUUUCUCGGUGGCGCUCUCAUUCAUAAAUUAGAAAAGGGCAAGGAGCGAUUCAAGAUCCCCCUCAAGCUUAUGGUUCAUCAAUGGCUAGGCCGUACGAUUGCACUGCUUGGACUUGCACAGAUACCCCUUGGCCUGACACUAUACGGAUCACCACUGGCCUUGUUCAUCCUUUUCGCAGUGUGGACUUUCAUCCUAGUGAUCCUCUACUUCGUUCUUUCCUACAGGACCCAGCCCGAGAUGGACUUUGAUGAUCGUAGCACCUACAUCACCGACCGCUCAUACAGUACCAGGAUAAGCCGACGCACGAGUAGAGGCCCUGGUGCUGGAAAGCUCGCAGCAGCAGGAGCAGCCGGUGCAGGUUUAGCCGCCCUGGGUUCAAGAAGAUCCCGAAGCCGCACCCGCAGCAGGCACGGUGGCACAGUUCUUAGUUCCCGACCCGACUCUCGGUCCCGCCGUGAUUCCCGCUCCCGCGUUGCCGAAUCUGAGUUCACUGAAUCCUACUUGAGCGACGAGAAAUACGGUGCCGAUCGCAACAAAGGUUCCACGUGGAAGGACCGUCUCCUAGGAGCCGGGGCCGCAGCUGGAGGUAUUUUCGCCGUCAAGAAGCUAUUCAAUCGCAAGCCAAAACAUCCUCCGACCGAGACAGGGAGCGACUUCAGUUACAGCCGCCCCUUGGGGCCGUCCGAAGUCACUCAGACCGAUAUCUCCAGGCUCGAAGAAGGAAGGGCACCCGAAUCUCCAGCAAACCGUCGAAACGACUGGCGUCGAGACAACCCACAAGCAUCGGCAUUGUCUGGAAGUGCUAUGCGACCAGGUCACCGUCCAACUGGAAGUGUUACCUCCAUUGACUCUUUCGACAGUCGGACAAGCCUCAGCGAAGAGACUGAGAUGAGGCCUAGGGAUCGACAGUAUGGACUCAAGGAGGGUGUUGCUACGAUGGGAGUCGUUGGUUUCCUGAAGCACUCUCUGAGUAAACGCAGCAAGAAGAAGGAAGACGACCGUGUGGAAGAAAUGAGACAACAAGAUCUGGAAGAGGAACGAGUCGCUCGCAUGAACAGCCAACGCCGUAAGAAGUAUACGGGUGAUGGAGCACCUCCAAGGAGAGGCAACCGACCGCCGUCCACUAUUCUGUCUGAGAGCGAUAUGACCGGCAUCACACCCUCGGUAGCGCAGCGCCCAUCUCGACCCAUGGAUUCCACCGUCACGCCCAACCCUAGCCGUCCCCCUCGCGCAGGUGUUUACAGUGUCCUGUCAGAUUCUGGUUCCGAAGCUUACGACUCACCUGGAGGUCGUCACCACAGCCGACGUCGCACAGGAGACGCUCCAAUAAUACCUGCUGGUGCAGCUGCGGCAGCUACAGUCACUUCUGCCGGAUCGCCUACCAAAAGGGAACGCCGCGGCAGUAGAGACGACGUGGCCUCCCCUCCUGUAUCCGUCAAAGUCAAGAUGCACAACGACGGUCGCCACGUAACCCUCCGCCGCCUCAACGAAGAAGAAGCCGCCGCAGAACGCGAAGCCCGCCGCCGAGAUCGCCAACGAAAGAAUCGCACCGGCAGCGUAAGUUCCAUGAGCGGCGUAGGCGGCGACCGCUGGCGCAGAACCGAAGCCAUGGAAGCUGCCCAAGCCGCUGAAAUGGCCCAGCAAUCUGGCGCUCCUCCUCCUCCAAUGCCCAUGCCCAGCUCGAGCACCCUCCGCAUGCCCGAAGCUACUAUUCCUCCGCCCCCACCUGGCCCUCCACCCAUGUUCGGAAAUGGCCAACAGCAUCUAGCACCUGAUCAAGCCAAUUUCCCUCCUCCGCCCCCUAUUCCGGCUGCGGCAGAUACUGUCCUCAGCAGCCCCGUCUACGGCACCGAAACAGAUCUAAGUAACUACGACUCCAACAGGAGAAGGCGAAGAGCAGAACGUGCACAGGCUAAGCAGGCGAGGUUAGGGGGGAGUCGUGUUGAGUUCUCAUAAUCGUGACGACUCCGCGGUUUGGAGGUGAUGAGAUGAAACAGAAAAGGUUUGAAAGCAUGGUCGUUUGCGAGUUGCAUUUCUCUGGCGUUUGUGAGUUGCUGAGCCUGUUCUGAUUGUUGAUAUUGUUUUUUGGCCUGGCCUGCUUGGCUUGGGCUGAUUGAAGCGUUAUGGCAUGGCAUGUUUACGUUGUGAGACUGGAAUUGAAAUGGAUGAUGAGAAGAGUAAAUAGAAUGAGCAUAGUUUGUGUGGCUUUUGUAUAAAUGUAUCCGUACGCGCUUUGGCGUUGUAACAGUUUUUUUCUUUUGGGGUUGAGUACUGUGAUGCUGUGGCGUGAUGGUGUAGUUUGGUUUGUGAGGGUUGGUGUAG